AUGGGAUACAUUGAGUGUUUCAAACUAUAUCUGGGUUGCAAGCUUCUCAUUUCAUCACACGAGGCUGCAUUUACUAAAGCGUUUGCGCAUGCUAUCAAGACUACUGAUUUGCGUUAUAUAAAAGAAGUCCUCCAGCUAGAAACUGAAACAUCACUUCUCAACGACGCAUUGCUCACCGCUACAGAAUGUGGAGAGAAAAUGAGAGAUGCCUGUGAGCUUUUGCUCCAGCACUGUGCCUCUCCCAGUCAUAAGAACGGCGCCCCACUGUGCAAUGCAAUCAAGUCUCCCAACUAUCAUGUCAGCAUCGUCAAACUUCUAUUAGCUUUUCAGCCGUCGACCGAAGCUAUUGCAGCAGCCUUGGACUGUGCAUUCGAUGUACUCGGAUGUGAAAACCGGUUUGCAGCAGUUAAGCUUCUCCUUGCUUCAGCAAAGCCACAAGCAACACUUGACAGGUUACUCUUGAGAGCUGUACAAGAGCCAUCUUGUGACCGUUCUCUAUUAAAAUCCCUCCUUCACGCCGAUGCGUCAGUAUCAUACCAAGAUGGCAAAUGUAUCUUUAUUGCAGUAAUGAAGAACGAUAUUAAAUCCUUGAAAGUGCUGCUACCAUAUUCCAGCGAUCGAUCAGCCAUCAUUUCACGAGUAUUUGAGCGCGCGUGGAAGGAGGGAGCAAGAGCCGAACUCCAGGAAGCCGCCCUUUCCCUCCUUCUGAAAGAAGGUGCAACGGGUAGAUGGCUGAGUGUUGCGCUGGUGGAUACUAUUGAAUCAUUUGAAGCCUCGCCAAACUCCUUCACCUUACUUGUUAAUCUUCUGAGCGCGGGUGCUGAUGUCAACUACGACAACGGUGCUAGUCUUUCAAAGGCGGCAGCAAAGGGGAAUAUCGGUGUGCUUAGAGAACUUUUCACCCAUCGCCCAAGCCGCGACAAUAUGACCCUGGCAUUCCCAAACAUUUUUACUUCCGGUGUGCCCAGUCGAACAAUCCACAGCCUUGUCAUGGCAUUUUGCUCUCAUCAGUCUCAGCCAAGUCUUACUGACAUCUCCCAUCCCAUUCUUCUUCUACUACUGCAAAAAUAUCCCCAGGAAAAAGAGCUCGUCAAGUAUUUGAUAAAUGCAGGUUGCCCAGUUGAUCCACCGGUGGAGACGGAAUGGGGAACAUAUUUGUCGUUGUUGCACUGGGCGCUCCUAGAAGAGAGGUACAGGAUUUCUGACGAAGUCUUUGAGGUUUUGCUAGAUGCUGGAGCGAAUCCAAACCGCAAGACUCCGUCCGGUCUCGCACCUCUUGAGAUUGCAAUUUCAAUACCACGUCGCGAAGUCGUUGCAAGUCUACUACGCCAUGGAACUGACACUACAGCGAUGACAGGGGCAAUUAAUUCUCGGUCCAUGCUCUUCCUUGCCGUAACUACAGGAGACAGCGACCUUGUCCGGACUGUCAUGCUAGCUAGCCUGGUGGUGCGCGACGGGGCACUCCACGAGGCUGCCAGAGAGGUAAACACCAAGAUCAUUGAAGUCCUAAUAAUAGAGGGGAAUCAGAGGGACUACGCCUACUCUGACUGCAGUGGUCACACGGCAUUAGCCGAGCUCUGCCUGAGAGCAGACGGAAACAAACCGGCCCAUGAGCUCAAGCGGGCAAUGGCACUUCUGUGUGACGAUCGCAGCUUCAGAAAGAAAUCGCACGGAAAAUCUGCCCUUCACUUGGCACUCGACAAUCGGCGAAACGCACCAGCAGUGACACGGGCUCUUCUAGACAGCUUCAUGGCAGACUACAUCAACGACAGCUUUAAUCUAUACGAAGAAGAUGGGCUAGUAUACUCGCCUCUAGCCUACGUCGCGAAGCAUCGCAACAAGGCACCCUCAAUCUAUGAUGAAUCUUUACUCCAGCUUCUCACCGAGUUCGGGUGUAGCAACAGGUUCUGGGCACUAGCAGGAAAUCCGCAGCCCGCUGACGUCAUGAAUCCUCCAGAUGAUAUUUGCCAGAUUAUAAACGAUCAGAAGAGUAAUGAACGGAUGCUGGCACGCAUCCGUUGCCAGUCCGAGGAGGCCCAGGCCGCCAUAGCAAAGCGGCACGAGCUGAUACUCAAGAAUGAACAAAAUGCAGCCAACCAGAGAGCAAAGCUAGAGAAAGAUGCGGAGACCCGCUAUAUGUCCAUAGCAAUGAGUCGACAUGCUGCGGAGCUUGCACAUCUGGAACAGCUAGCUCAGGUAGCUCAGCUAGCCAGUGCAGACUAUCGGAGCUCGGUCCAUCUUAAACUGGAAGAUCCAUUGGCCCAGUACGCCAAAUUGGACCGCAAAAGGCAGAGCGCUGAGCUAGAGCACAUUAAAAAACAGCAAGCUCUGAUCACGGCCGGCUAUAAAGAGCGGGCGGAGAUCGAAAAAAAGAAUCGCGAGGCAAACGCGCUCGAGAUGCGGCGUCUUCAAGAGCUUUGGUAUGAAAUCGACCCCUGGGAUUAG